AUGUCUCCCUCCGCAACGCCCAAGUGGGUGCCGGCCAUCACCAAGCCGCUCUCUGCCAUAGCCUCCCUGCCCGUCUCGCCGGAUGAUGGCAAGGUCGACAUCAGCGCCCUGCAAGCAGCCCUCCUUCAGAGUGUUGGGAGCUGGGACCAGGUCCCCCUGCUCACCGAUGAUAAUGUGGACGGCUUCCCCUGUGGGACCCUGGUUCGCUACACCGGCAUGGUGCAAGACAUGUUGAACCCCGAAUACUAUGUGGGUGCCGUCCAGCUUGCAGACGGCUCCUGGGUGUCAGCCCGCUUCCAGGACCAGGUGGUGGACGACCUCAAAGCUCCCGUCCUGAACGACAUCGUCACCGUGGUCGGGAUCUUGAGCAUCGUCCCGGAGCUGGCGGCCUGCUGCCAGGAGGACGCCAUGGACGCAGAGCUGGCAGGCAGCCACCCCCCCACCUCCCGCUGCCCCCGCCUCCACGCACUGGCCAUCCUGCCCGGGCCCAGCCCAACCCCGGCCCCAGCCCCACUGCCGCCCAGCGCCAUUGCAGAGGCCCGCCUGCGGACCAUAGGCCUGCUGUCGCUGGUCCUGGGCGGCGACGACCUGGCGGCAGAGUACCUGCUCCUGCAGCUGGUCGGGAGGGUGCAUGCGAGGAGGGAGGAUGCCGGCGUCAUUGGCACGGGCUCCCUCAACCUGACCGGCUGCCCCGCCGGGCAGGCCUCUGGUCCCGCCUCCCUGUCCUCCCUGGGCCAGGCACUGGCACUGGCACUACAGGCCCUCAUGCCGCGCUCGGUGUGCCUGGGCCUCACCACCUCCCAGGUUCUGCUGGACGAGACUGUCAUGUCGGCAGGCACCCUCAACGAAGUCGGCGUGCGUAAUCUUCAGGCGGUGGAUGUGCUCGUCCGCACACAAAAAGUGGCCUAUGACUUCGAAUUCUUCUCCCUGGAUCAAGAGGCAGAUGCCCCCGUCACCGUCCUGUCCUGCGGUCGUUCACUGCUAAAGGACGCGCUGGGCACGAGCCUGCCCUUGGCUCCAACCGCGCCGCUGGCCGAGCCGGAGAGCCUGGCGAGCAUGCUGCAGACGUCCAGCCUGGACGGCGUGAGGGAGUACCUGGCUGCUGUGAGGGCGCUUGACUUUACUAUUCCCUCACAUGUAGCCGAAGUGGUGGAGAAAGGUGAGGGGGAUUUGUGUGUAGUGCGACCAGCAUGCAGAAUGUUUCAAGUCACAGACUUCCCUAGCUGCCCCUGGGCUCACGAGAAUCUAGUUUUCUUUCCCCCUACAGACCUAACCAGCGCGCGGCAGAAGGACGCAGCUAUUACGCCGGCCAGUCUGCACCACUUACUCAAUGUGGCACGCCUGCUGGCGGUGAGCCACGGCGAGGCGGAGUUGACGGCCGGCCGCUGGGCGGCGGUGCAGUCCAUGGAGCUGCGACGGAGCGCCCGCUGCAAUCCCACGCCCAGUGCCUGA